AUGUGGAGGCUGUAUAAUAAUAGCGCAUCUCCCGAAAAUCAAGUGAAGCAAUCAUUUUUCAGGAAGUAAUUGAGCAUAAAUUACAAUAUUGGUUUUGGAAGCCCUCGGACCGAUGUGUGCUCACGCUGUACCGAAUUACUGGAGAACAUAAAGGUAGCCAAAACACAUGAAGAGAAGCAGUCUCUAAUGGUCACUAAACGAGUUCUUAGCUUAAAAGCUUAAGCCUUUUAUAAUCUACUCAAAGAUGAAGACAGCAAAACAAUGGCACUGUCAUUUGACUGUCAAAAAAAUCAUUGCCUACCGAAACUUCCGGACCAGAGUGCAUAUUUUAGUAGGCAAUAUAACUUUUAUAACUUCACUAUUGUCAUUGGCAAUUCUAAAAGUCAGCUAACUACUGAAAAUGUAAUGUGUUACUACUGGUAUGAAACAGAGAGGCCCAAAGGUUCAAAUGAAAUCGCAAGUGCAGUUUACCAUACUUUGAAGACCCUAAACAUACCAGUACCCUUAUUCGCUAACUUUCGGAUUUUCAGCUGUCAACUGGCCUCAGUUGUCAACCGAACUUUGAUGUCAACUGACAAUUCCAAAACAUCGGUAUUUAGUAUCGCAUGAAGUGGACAUCAGUGGAUAUCUUUUCACGGUGCUUAACGUAAAAACUAUGGUGACUAUCAGGGGUACUCUUGACAACUCUAGUUUUUAUCGACUAUUAUACUGCUAAGGUGGAAAUACCUUAUUAGCAUUACAUUACUACGUUUGAGAGAACGAUUUAUUUUCAGCGUGUUAUACAUUUAAAAACAAUCUGUCUCGGUAAAAUUCAGUAUUUGCUUUCUAUUGUGUGUUAACUUGGUGUCUAAAGUUCCGUGUGGUUGAACAAUAUUUUAACUGAGAACAUUGUUUAAAAUGCCAGGACGCAGGAAAGUGUCACUGAGGCAAAUGGAGCUGCUUCUAGAGUUUGCGCAUUCCCAUCGCGACAUAGCGUUGGGCCGCUUUCCGCCAGGUCCUCAGGGAGUGCGGGACACUCGAGAAGCAUGGCGGUCAAUUUCGGUGGCACUUAACUGUGUCGGCAGCGGAGCCACUAAAACGCCGGACCAAUGGCGCCGAUAUUGGAUAGAGUUCAAAGCAAAAACUAAAGGAAAAGCUGCAGACAUGCGGAGGAGCACAUCUGCGACUGGUGGAGGCCCUAACAGGCUGGUCCCUCUUAACUAUAUAGAGGAAAAGGUGCUGGCUUUGUUAGGCCCUGUUGUGGUUGAGGGAUUGCCUGGUGUGCGCUUGCCCAUUGAUAUAUUGUCACUUGGUGACCCACCAACUUCCCAGCCAUCAAUGUCUGGAGCUGUGGCUGUACACACCUCACAGCCUCCGGUGCCUCCUAAGCCCUCAACCUCUACUUAUGAUGAGCAGAUAAUGGAGGUUGAAUGGCUUGACGACAGCCUUCUAGAGGAGACACAGCCUGUGGAGCAGAUGCCUGCUGCAGAGGCUGUGGAGCAGACGCCUGCUGCAGAGGCUGUGGAGCAGACGCCUGCUGCAGAGGCUGUGGAGCAGACGCCUGCUGCAGAGGCUGUGGAGCAGACGCCUGCUGCAGAGGCUGUGGAGCAGACGCCUGCUGCAGAGGCUGUGGAGCAGACGCCUGCUGCAGAGGCUGUGGAGCAGACGCCUGCUGCAGAGGCUGUGGAGCAGACGCCUGCUGCAGGGGCUGUGGAGCCCACACUAUCUAGUGAGGCUGCUAUUAGUAAGUACUUCUUAAUUAAUAAAUAAAAAACAGCUUUUUAUUUUAUUUUUACUAGGCCUAGCGAUAAGCAAGUAGUAAUUAGGUUUGUAUUGUAAGGUGUAUUAUCCUGUAGUUAAAUCAUUGUAAUAACUAUAUUUUUCUAGGGAAUUCUGAGUGAGAUGGUCCACAAUGUUCAACCCCGAGCCAGCGUCAACGACCACGACGAGCGAAUGGUUAAUAAUUUUAUUUCAAUAACAAAAAUUUUGAUAAUUUUACUACUACUAUACUACUAUUAUAUCGGGUGUGUCGUUCACAAUCACAUUAAAUCAUAUCGCAUAUACUUUAUGAUAUUCUAUGGCGAAUUGUAAAAAAAAUAACCUAAUCCAUUCAGUGGUUUAACCACAGGAGUCAUUUUUCGUUUUUAUAAUUUACAACAUCAUGUGUAAAGCAGAGAUAAAUUUAGGAGUAUCGUAUGUUUUGAUUAGUUGACAGCUGUCAGGUUUCAAGGGAGAAUUUCAAUUGUUUGUAAUGAUUGACUUUUAUAUGGUGUUCUAAUUUUUGCACAUUUUUAUUCCAUUUACUUUGUUUGAAAAAAUCAUUUUUUUAGUUUUACGUAUUUUUCUUUUAUCUUUGUGUUAAUCGACAUAUAUUAACCAGUAUAUUAACGCAUUUCAUUUAAUGUGAUUAUGAACGACACACCCGAUAUAUGCAUGCAAGCCAAAAAG